AUGGCCCCUGCGGCGACGGUGAGCUCGCAGCUGGCGGGGCUGCAGCAGUGGGCGAAGCGCGUGCUGCUGGCGGAACUCGUCGCGCCCGGCGAUGAGGUAAGCCGCCUGGACUCCCCUCGGAGGGGACGGGUGCACCAUGGCCGCGCGAUGGCCGCGCGAUGGCCGCGCGAUGGCCGCGCGAUGGGUGGGCGAUGGGUGGGCGAUGGGUGGGCGAUGGGUGUGCGAUGGGUGUGCGAUGGGUGGGCGAUGGGUGAGCGAUGGGUGUGCGAUGGGUGGGCGAUGGGUGGGCGAUGGGUGGGCGAUGGGUGUGCGAUGGCCGCGCGAUGGGUGGGCGAUGGGUGGGCGAUGGGUGGGCGAUGGGUGUGCGAUGGGUGUGCGAUGGGUGGGCGAUGGGUGAGCGAUGGGUGUGCGAUGGGUGUGCGAUGGGUGUGCGAUGGGUGGGCGAUGGGUGUGCGAUGGGUGUGUGAGAUGUUCUGUGGUCGCGGGGAGGACACGCCGCUGUGGGUCAACGCGCACAUCGCCUCCUACCUGGGCGUUGACGUGACGCCGUCGUCGCUGGAGGAGGCGGCGGAGGAGUGGCGCGCGCACGGCGCCCCCUAUGGCGCCGCCUUCCACUACGCCGACCCCUCCCUCUUCCUGGCGAAUGUGGCGGCGCUGCUGCUGCCGGGGGGGAUCUUCUUCGGCCUCCUGCCCGACUCCUCCACGCUCUGGUAUGCCCGACUCCUCCACGCUCUGGUAUGCCCGACUCCUCCACGCUCUGGUAUGCCCGACUCCUCCACGCUCUGGUAUGCCCGACUCCUCCACGCUCUGGUAUGCCCGACUCCUCCACGCUCUGGUAUGCCCGACUCCUCCACGCUCUGGUAUGCCCGACUCCUCCACGCUCUGGCAUGCCCCGCCACAUGCCCACCGCUCCACCCCGCCAGGUACAAGCAGCAGCGCGCCAUCGAUGCUGCCAAGGCUGCUGCCGGGCCGGGCGGUGCGGCACCCACGCGGGCGGUGAUCCGGUCGUCGCUCUACUCCAUUGCGUUCGAGAAAGCAGUGCCGUUUGAUGACAACAAGGCGGUGUUUGAUUUGCGCUUCUCCCUCAAGUGUGCCGAUGCCAACAGCCUGCCCAUCAAGUCUCUCCUCGUCCACUUCCCCACUCUCAUUAGGUUGGCGGAGGUGGAGGGGUUGCAGCUGAUCGACAUUGUCAACCUCGAGACGCUUUUCAACGACACCAGGUGA